AACAGAAUGUGCCGUAACUCCUUCCAGCGAAGAAGUGAGGGCCACAACAAUAACACACCGCUAGCUACACUGAGACGAAGAUCUACGAAAUAUCCCGGAUUUAGCCCACACGUCCUAUUUUAACAUAUUUAGGCCGAACGUUUCCGUAAAUAGUCCAAAAUACGUAGUUAAAUGCAGGCGCCAUGUUGUGCUAACGUCACUAGCAUGCUGUCGUGGUGACGCGCGGGCAACACGAGCUAAGUAGCCGCACCGUUAGCUCGUUUGCAGCCAGCUCGGUUCUCUUCUCGGGGUUCUGUUUAAUGUCACUGGGCUCUGGUUCCGCGCGCAGACAUGGAGAGCUUGUACAAGCGGAAGAUGUUCGCGUCCAUGCGGAAAACCAAAGUGGACGCAUCGAAGAAGAGGCAGAUCGGCCUGCCCGCCUCUAUCCUGGACGACAGUGACGAAGGCUCCUUCUCCUCCUCCUCCUCCUCCUCCGAAUCCCAAUCCGACUACGAGAGCUCUCCGGGGGAGGACAGCGAGCAGGAGGACCCGGCCCGCAGCGAGUCCGGGUCGACUUCUAGCGACCACAGCUGUUCCGUGACCCGCAGAAAGCGCUCGUUCUUGGGAGGCGACAACAGCUCCUCGUCCUCCAGUCCCGGGGAGGAGGACAACACCAAGGAGGAGAAGGGGAAGAGGAGCCAGACGAAGAGGAUGGUGCAGCCAAAGAAGCGGAGCAGGCUGCAGCGGCAGGACGAGUCGGACUCGGACCAAGUGGAGGAGAAGCGGAGAGAGGAGGCAGAGAAGGAGAAGAGGAGGCAGAGACACAGCAAGCUGCUGGCGCUGUCACGGAGGAUGAAGGCCCGGGUCCCGAGCCGCAGGAGGAGCCGCCUGAAGCAGGGUGGAGGCAAAGAGGACAAGUUCAAAGAAGGUGAGGAUGAGGCUGAUGGUGAUGAAGAUGUAGGCAGAGGAGAAACCGCCAACAACAAACAGGCCGAUGAAGCAGGCAGCGUGGAAGAGAAGGACUCCGAGGCGGUGAUAGAAGAAGAAGAGCAGUAGCAGGGGAAGAAGUAGAUCUGCUCCUUGAUGGAGAACAGAGAGUGAAAUGUGAAGAACUUAAUACUUAAACCAUCUAAAAAUGAGUCAUAACUGCUAGAUCGUACAAUCUUUCUUCAUCCUGCAGCAUUUAAAACAAAAACACUCAGAACUGGAGUUACAAGGUCAUAUUGUGUUGCCACAGAAACAAAACAUUGGUGACAUGCAACAAAAAGGUGUGCAGAUGGUUUCGACAGGCUCGUUGAUCCGUUAUGUAUUUUGUAAUGCUCAUGGAUAUCUGACUCCUCGUUCCCUGUCAUAUGAUAAUUCGUAGUGGUCUACCCCUGCUGAUCUACUGACAUAGAUCAUGUCAAGUUAGUUUUAUUUAUACAUCUCAAAAUUAAAUGUCCCCUGUAUUGAUUCCAGAUCCAUGUCACGACUCCCGUGUUACACCGACAGGUGAGCAGGGACGGCAAUGCUAUAUAUGACGGUAUUUUAGUUUUUAUGACAUUUUUAUAUGCAUGCUUCUGAAUGGGUAGAGCAACUGCAUGGCAUCCUGUCAGCCAUCUCAAAGUCAACAAUUCUCCAUGUUAUCUUUUUACUUUGUUAUGGCCAUUCAUAGGGGCUAUUUGCAGGAAACACGCAAUUCAAAUGAAUAGAAAAUAAAAAAAUAUGUUCAUUUAAAUACUUGCGUUGAUUAAUAAAAACUAUAAGUUAUAAUUAUGUAUUAAACGCUGCUUAAAGCAAGUGUUAGGAAGUUACAGAAUUCCCUCUUUAAUAUCCAUUUUAUAUUGAAAAGUGAAACGAUUUUUUUCAAACUCACCAAAAUCUAAAUUUUACAAGAUAACAUUGAACACAUCAUAUCAGGGUUAUAAUAUAUAUAUAUAUAUAUAUAUGUUUACUGAGUAGGCGUUGAAUGCACCAUGCAAGUCAACGGGAGCUCUGUUAACACUAUUUAGCUCCGAAUCAGAUGAAUUUAGUUCCAAAUGUUUUAAGAUUGUUUCUACAUAACUUACGUUAGUUAGACUUGAUGUCGAUGUAAAACUGCAGCGAAGGCACAUGUUCAAAUAUGAACGGCAAAUCUGAUCAGCCCAUUUCCAUCGGAUCGAUCAGUGAGUGCCGACGCUCUUCCGGUCAGCACGCCAUAGACACAUCUCAAGUCAUGCCGGUGUACUUUCAACCCUUUUCUACCUUCAUUCAUAGUUUGAAUGCAACACCAUGAAAGUCUUAACCUGCAUUGAUUAUUGACAUGUUCUAGUGUUUUUGACAAUAAGAAGCAGCAGUGUUGUGCACCACGUCAGCAAUUUGAUCAUUUAUUCUAGCUAUGCUAGCAAAUAUCCAUAGUUGUUAAUUUGUUCUGAAAUGAUUAUUAUUUUUAAAUUCUGUUAAGCAGUUUCAUCUCUCAGGGGACAUCGUUCACAUGUGGAGUGACAAAAUCAUUUUCACUUACCACUUACUGGCCUUUCUGGACAUUUCAACAUCAUAUUCAUGGUUUUCAAGACCAGGGGAACUAGAAAAUAAGUUGUUUUGUCGUGGCUGAAAGCUCCUCAAACAGCUAGUAAGUGGACCUAUUAUGUUGUCACACGACUAUUCCCAAAGGCCAAUAAUCAUCCUUCAUGCUCAGACAAGUGACAUGCUUUUUAUAACAGGCAUAUGCCAGUAGAUCAACAGCAGCACACCAGUAAUCAACAGUGGCAUGUCCCUCAGAAUUGCCGAUACCAAAAUAAGUGGGGCUCUAAUGACAGGGCUGCAGCUGUAAUAUCAGUGCAUGUGCAGAGCACACAGCUGAACACGGCUUCCUUAAUUGUUAUAAAGACAAAGGCAUAAGAAACAUCCAAUGAGAAGCUUUCAUUCUGGUUGAGUUCCGAGCCCCUUUCACUUGCUGUUCUGUAUGAAGGCUCCAGACACAGUGGUUCCACCACUAAGCCACAGCAGAGGUCACAGGGGUCACCAUGGCGGGACUCCACCCACACACAGACCCAGCGCUGUCGUGUAUCUCGCCACGCCCCUUUGAUGACAUCAUGUUCAACGCCGUCAUGUAUAGACACCCUGCUUUCCGUGACGCUGAAUUGAUGUGACGUCUUGCAGUGCACAGCGCACGCCAGCAGGGGUCAACCUCCACUGCUGAGCUGAAACAUGGGCAGAACGUUACUGGAUGUGUUUAGACCUCUUCUAACUACAAACACAGUGUAUAGCCAGGUCAUUUUAUUAUUCUACUGCCAGUCUGCCAUUAACACCUGCAUAUCAUCUCCCAUGUGCCCACUGACGUGCCAGCACCCUGUAUGUAUGUGCAACGUCACCGAGGGUCAAAGGGAGAAAGGGAGCGGUGAACAUUGCAGUACAGUGUGUGUACAGUUUGGGCUGUUUGUCGGUGAAUAAAUGCUACAACUCCUA